AUGGGAAAAAAUGACAUAGAACAGCUAAAUUAAAGGAGACCAUCCCUUAGUGCCCAAAGCUCAGCGGAGAGAUUGUCAGGGGUCCCAAUCUUCCUGGUGAAACCAAGAAUCCAAUUCCAUGAAUAUUUGAAUAUCCCAACCCAAGCAUAUUUGUGGGUAUUUUCUGUUUUAGAAGCUAAUCAUUUACACUGAAAAAUGCGAGGACGAAACCAUGCCGAAUUUUUUGUCAAAGAGAUUAGGUGGACCCAUGUAAAAAUCAAGGGACAAGAAAAAUUCAGUCUUUGCAUCAUUUUCCUUUGUUUAUCUUUAGGCUACCAAGGGGUGUUUGAUAAGAAAUUUACAUAAUCAGAGUUUGAUAAAGACAAUUAGAAGAAAAGAUCACACACCACCAAAAGAGAAAUGGAUCCACCACCACCACUGCCGCUGCCACCUCCAAGGAGUUACCGCCGUAUUAUCCUCAUACUGAAGCUCCUGACCAUCGUUUUUCUAUUGGCAGCGCUAGUUGUCCUCGCCACCGAUACUGAAACCAUUGAAUUAUCCAACAAAACAGAGUUCAUCAUUUUACGUAUUCAUUUCAAGGACAUGUACACGUACCGAUACAUGCUUGGUGUAUGUGUAAUCGGAAUGGCAUACACACUAUUACAAAUUGUAUUUUCAUUUUACAAUAUCCGCACUGGAAAACGUCUAAGCAAUCCGACCUUUGAUUUUUAUGGUGACAAGCUUCUAUCUUAUAUACUGGCAACUGGGGCAGCUGCAGGAUUUGGUGCUACCAGUGACAUGCAGUCUACAUUUCAGAGAGUUAAUUUGUUGGGUAACUUUUUCAAAAGGGGAUAUGCGGCCUCCGCGUUGGUCUUAUUCGGCUUCGUUUACGCUGCACUCUUAUCCAUUUUCUCCUAUUAUGCUCUUCCUCAAAAGGUCUAAAUAUCAUCAUCUGCCGUUCAAGGCUUCAACAAUGUCAAUUAGGUUACUCUAUUUCGGCUAGAAUAUACAUAAUGUGGUGUUUAUUGUAUAGUAAUACUUAAGGUCCUGUGUGUUAUUGUAAGAUGAUGGAACUGUGGGAUGUUAUUACAAUAAAUACUCUUGAUGCGUGGUUUAUCAAGAUGAUUCUUAGCCAAAAAUAUUCCCUGUUUUAUUUCUUUUGUAAAAUGAGAUACUUCAUUUCGGAUCUGAUUAAGAAGAACCAAUAAUCAUGAAACUCAAAAUGAUGGUUUUAAUAUUGGGAUUUCCCAAUAGUUUGUAGGCAUACUCUUGAUUCUUGAAGUUGCAUUUGCUAUUCCCAUGUCAAGUAUUUAAGACUGCAAUUUGGAUACUCUUUAGGCCUAAUAUCAAUGGAAAGGAAUAUGUAUGUUAACCUUGAUAUUGAAAUUUG